AUUGCCUACGACGGCAACAAUUACCUUGCUCUGAAUGAGGACCUGAGCUUCUGGACCACAGGGGAUGCAGCAGCUCAUAUCUCCAGCCUCAAGUUUGCGCAGGGAGGUGCUGCGGGUCACAGUAGGAACGACCUGGAGGGGGACUGCGGAGAGUGGCUCCACAGACACCUGGAGAACGGGAAGGACACUCUGCUGCGCGCAGACCCUCCAAAGACAUAUGUGACCCAUCACCCCAUCUCUGACCAUGAGGUCCCCCUGAGGUGCUGGGCCCUGGGCUUCUACCCUGAGGAGAUUUCACUGACCUGGCAGCAUGACAUGGAGGACCAGACCCAGGACAUGGAGCUUGUAGAGCCCGGGCCUUCAGGGAAUGGAACCUUCCAGAAAUGGGCGGCCCUAAUAGUUCCUUCUGGAGAGGAGCAGAGAUACAGGUGCCAUGUGCAGCACAAGGGGCUUCAGGAGACCCUCACGCUGAGAUGGGUACCUCCUCGGCCCUCUGUCCCCAACGUAGACAUCAUUGUUAGUCUGGGUCUACUCAUGGUCAUUGGAGUUUUGGUAACUGGAGAGUUGCACUUUAAAGAAAACUGA